AUGCAUCUACUCAAGAUUGGCACUCGGAGAAACAACACUGCCUCUUCCUGGCUCAUGAAAUUCAGUUUCCUUUGGCUGCUUAGCCAGCACUGUUGCAGAGCCAGAGCUGUUUGGACUGCAUACACGAACAUAUCAUUUCACGUUGGGAAUCGCAUGUUGUCAGAGUUGGGGGAGACUGGAGUGUUUGGAAGAAGCUCUGCUCUCAAGAGAGUGGCGGGAGUUAUCGUGCCUCCAGAGGGAAAAACGCAAAACGCAUGUAACCCCGGUACCAGUUUCAGCACAUCGAAGAACUCGGAGACGUGGCUCGCACUUGUUGAACGGGGAGGCUGUACCUUCACACAGAAGAUCAAGGUGGCCGUGGAGAAGGGAGCCAGCGGAGUGAUCAUCUAUAACUUCCUAGGAACUGGCAAUCGGGUUUUUCCCAUGUCUCAUCAGGCGUUUAAAGACAUCGUCGUGGUGAUGAUUGGUAACUUGAAAGGCAUGGAGAUUUUGCAUUUAAUUCAGAAGGGAGUUCACGUUACAGUCAUGAUUGAGGUGGGAAGAAAACACAUCAUCUGGAUGAAUCACUAUUUUGUCUCUUUUGUGAUUGUCACAACCGCUCCGCUAGCGUAUUUCAUCUUUUAUCAUAUUCAAAGACUUUGGGUAGCAAGGAUUCAGAACAGGAGAUGGCAGCGGUUAACAAGUGAUCUCAAGAAAGCAUGUGGCCAGCUUCAACUUCGGGUACUUAAAGAGGGGGACAAGGAAGUAAGUUCAAAUGGAGAUAGCUGUGUAGUUUGCUUUGAACUCUAUAAGCCUAAUGAUACAGUUCGUAUUCUGACUUGUAAACAUUUUUUCCACAAGAACUGCAUUGACCCCUGGAUUCUAGCCCGUGGGACAUGCCCCAUGUGCAAAUGUGACAUUCUUAAAGCUUUGGGGAUUCAGGUGGAUGUUGAAGAUGGAACAGAAUCUGUGCAAGUUCUAAUGUUGAAUGAAUUGCCUGGUAUCCUGUCACCUCGUGAAGAGGGCACAAGUAAUGAACUUCCUCCUGCGGGAAGGUCAAAUAAAGGGACGCACGUGGAGGAGUGCCCUACUUCUCAGAACGAUGGCCCGUCUAAUUCAGUAGCAGCAAACGUUCAUCGUCCACCUUGA